UCUUUAUAAAAAAAUAUCAUUCAGGGCCAAAACCCACCACCGUUGUUCUCUCAGGGAAUCUCAGGACCACCUCCCACCGUCACUCUCUUUCUCAGCUCCAUUAAUAUACAACCCUUGAAGAUCCUCACUUUACAUUCCUGAUUCUGAGAUGGAAGCACAACAUUCUGGACACGGGCAUAUAAUUGAAGUGCAUGGAGAUGUGAAAGAUAUCGAGUCAAGCUUGCGUGGUAGCAAGGUUUGUGCGGAAGCACCUUGUGGAUUUGCAGAUCCUAAUAACAGUUCGAAAGAUGCUAAGGAACGUUCCGCAUCAAUGCGGAAGCUUUUUGUAGCAGUUGUGCUCUGUAUCAUAUUCAUGACUGUGGAAGUUGUUGGGGGUAUUAAAGCCAAUAGUCUUGCUAUUAUGACUGAUGCCGCUCAUCUAUUGUCAGAUGUUGCAGCGUUUGCAAUUUCAUUGUUCUCCUUGUGGGCAUCAGGAUGGGAAGCAACUCCACGCCAGACUUAUGGCUUCUUCAGAAUUGAGAUACUUGGUACACUUGUUUCCAUCCAGAUGAUAUGGCUUCUUACCGGGAUCCUUGUUUACGAAGCCAUUGCCAGACUCAUCUAUGAGACCGGGGAAGUUCAGGGCUUUCUGAUGUUUAUUGUUUCUGCAUUUGGUUUGGUGGUUAAUAUUCUUAUGGCGUUCUUGUUGGGUCAUGAUCAUGGCCAUGGUCACGGGCACGGCCAUGAUCAUGGUCACGGCCACGGCCAUAGUGACCACGAUCAUGGACACAGGGAGCAUCAUCAUCACAAUGAGGAUCAUUGCGACCAUGGACAUGAUGACGAGCACCAUCAUUCUGAGGGAGCAGAUCACACACGUCCACUGCUCACUGAAAAUACAAGAAAGAAGAAGCAACGAAAUAUCAAUGUGCAGGGGGCUUAUCUUCAUGUACUCGGAGACCUCAUUCAGAGUAUUGGAGUUAUGAUAGGUGGAGCAGUCAUAUGGUACAAGCCAGAGUGGAAGAUUAUCGACUUGAUAUGCACCCUUGUAUUCUCAGUAAUUGUGCUGUGGACAACAAUCAAUAUGAUGCGCAACAUAUUGGAGGUUCUUAUGGAGAGCACUCCUAGAGAAAUUGAUGCCACAAAACUUGAGAAAGGUCUCUGUGAGAUGGAUGAAGUUGUGGCAGUUCAUGAACUUCAUAUUUGGGCCAUUACUGUUGGGAAGGUGCUACUGGCUUGCCAUGUUAUUGCUAAAUCGGAUGCAGAUACUGACAUAGUACUAGAGAAGGUGAUAGACUAUAUCAAGAGGGAAUAUAAUAUCACUCAUGUUACCAUUCAGAUAGAGCGUCAGUAGCUCUGGAAUCAGGUGAUUUGUGACUUCGUGUCAUCAUUGUAACUAGGUUGGUUGAGUUUCUUUUAGACUGAAGUUUUUUUUUUUAUAAUAUCCAUCUUCUAUCUCAUGCUUUCUACAUUACAGAAUUUGAUCUCUA